CGAUGCGUCUCUCCCAUACCUCCACACAGUCUGCACAGAGGAUGUAAUCAAUCCCACAUGUUUCAUCUCUGCGACUCGGGGAUUUUCACUUUGAAUAUUUUUAUACUUUUUCUUUCAUUUUUAAUAUAACCGACUCGCCUUGGAUAUAACUUACCAGACAUGACGGGGACUCGGUGUCUACCCUGCAAAGCCAAAACUGCGCUGAAUGCGAGGGGAGCCCGAAGUUCAUAAAAAGGGAUUAUUUUGCAUCUGGGUUGCCUGAGACCUUCGGUGCCUCCGGAUUUUACUUUGGGAUUUGGGAUUUAUCGCUUCUCGCCGGGGAUGGAAAGCCGAGAUUUCGCUCCUCCGCACCACCUCCUGACGGAGCGGAGCGCGUUGGUUCACAGCGCCGCUUCUCGGAUGGCGUCAGGCGGCCACGGCUCGGUGCAGCACCCCGCUCACUUCCAGCCCGGGAAAUACUACUCAUCGCACCUCUCCAUGGGUCCGCAUUCAGGUGCUUCCUUCAUGGGUUCCUUCCUGGCCAGCAGUCUGGGGUCGCCGGCCUCCCACCCUCCUCACCCCUCGGGACCCGCUGCCUCCCCUUCCUCCCCCUCCUACAGGCAUGGACCCCAUUCCAGCGCUUCCCCUAUCUGGUUCCCUCAUUCACAUGAAGGAUACCCCAGCUAUUCAGGAAGUCUCGCUUCUCCUUUUCUCCCCAUGAGUCCUCUGGAUCACCAUAGCAACGGCCUCUAUGGACAGCACCGAUUCUAUGAAACUCAAAAAGAUCACUUCUACCUGAGAGGCCUUCCUCCCCAGCCCCCCCUGCUCUCCACCAGUCACAGCCUCCCUCCCCUCUCCAGACCAGGCCACCCACUUGGCUCCUGCAGCCGAGAGACGGACAACGGGGGAGGCGGAGGAGGCGGGAAGAGCACCAAGGACGUCGGCGAGAAAGGAGUAUCAUCCGUGCCCAAGGCGAAGGAGCGAUCGAGCAGCAAGGAGCGGCACCAGGAGAGCAAAGACAAACAACAUCCUCACCACCAAACGAACCCUCCGACCGGCCACCACCACCAAGCGUACCCCCACCCUCACCCUCACCACGCUCUUCUUCCUCACCUCACAGGCAGGGAGGAGGACCACAGACACCCUCUGGAGCGACACAAGGAGUACAGUGACAGUCAGGAGAAACAUAUGAGUGCCUGUAAACUGUCCAGUGGUGGUCCGACAGCAGAGACUGGAGGAAGGGACAGAUCUCUGAGCAGCUGCAGUGGUGGAGCUGGUAGACCUCCAUCAGGCAGGCGCUGCUCCAAGGAUGGCUCUGUAAACGGGGAGAUGAGGAUCAGCGAAUCCUCAGCUUCUUCUUCCAGUGAAUGUAUGAGAAGAGGUGCAUCGUCGGCCAUAUUGGCGCCUCCAAACCCUCACUCUGUGACUUCUUACUCCAUGCCUCCUCCUCCCCCUCCGCCACCUCCUCCUCACGCUUUGCACAUGGGCUCCACAGGGUGGCUACACCAUGCACAUCACCACCCUCAUCCGGAGUUUUACUGUCCCCCAGCCCCUCUUACACUCACGCCCUCCAAAGAUCCAGCAUCUGGCGGGUCCGGCAGGGAGGGGAAAGCAAUCAACCCGACUUAUGUACCCUCAGCUGGGCCACUUGGAGACCUGUCCGCCUCAGACUGUCGUGGAGCAGGAGGAGGUGGAAGAAAGUCAGAUGAGAAGAGCGGAGAAGGAUCUUAUGACAGUUCCUCUCAUCAUCACAGUCGAAUUAGUUGCCAAAAGAAGGACAAAUCCCAGCCGCACCAGCAGCAGUUGGGAUAUGGAAAAGCCGACAAACCUCCCGACUGGAGCCACCAGACGCAGCACUUCAACAAACCCAACGGGCAGCCCGAGCUGACGUCCUGCAGCCUGGACACAUCCUUCAGGGACGUAGAGGUGGUGGACGACGUUUACCGGCCCUCGCUCCCACUCGAGGCCCAGGGGACGCAGCCUAGUGCCGGACAGGGGACAUCCAAGAAUAGCUCAACUCCUCCAUUUAGGGAUUGUUCCCUCUCGGGUCCUGAUGGGAGGUCGGGGUCGGGGUCGGGGUCGGCGUCUCAAAGGGAAGGACAAAAGGUGGCAAGGAUACGGCACCAGCAGCACAGCAGCCAUGGAGGAAGUACCGAAGAGAGGGGAAGAGAUGGAGGACAGACUGCAUCUUCCUGGGGGGCUCAAGGGGGUUUUCAAGAGGACCAGAAGAAAGGCUCCCAUCAUGCAUCAGGUGGUAACAGUGAAGUAAGAGGGCUCAGCUCCAGAGCUCCAAACAGUGACCAGCCUCCACCUCUAUCCCGCUCCGCAACGCACAACGCGGAGGGCGAGGGCAGCGCCAUGAAGAACCUAAUGAACUACAGCUCCCAGCAGCCUCUUCUGCUGCCACAUCGAGGCCCAUUUGGAGGUCUGGGCUGCCUCAAGCAGGGUGGAGAGAGAUCAGAGAAAGGGGACAAGGGAGGAGGAGCUAAAAGCAACACCUCCCUGCAAGACCCUCCCAAACAGUCGCUGCCUCCUCGCCGAGGCUCUGCUAACGAGGGCGAGAGGGGGGAGCGAGGGGGGAAGGAGGCGGGGGAGGCAGGUGAGGGGGAGGUGCGACAGCCUCCGGUGGGUAUUGCGGUCGCGGUAGCCAGGCCCCCCCAUCGUUCCCCAGACAACACCCCCGGACACAGCAGACAGGGCAGGGUGCUGCCCAGCAUGAAAGCCGUAUCACGCCCCAUGUAUCCUCUGGGUCGGGAGGCAGAGGAGAGGAAGAGGAUGACAGAGGAGCAGAUCAACCUUCAUCAUCUGGACAGAGAAAUGAUCAUGAGGGAAAACAAGGAGCGCGUGGAGUUCGCCCGGAUACACCCUUCCAGUAGUUGCCACGGUGACCUGACCUCUCACCUCCUGGUUCCCGGGGGGGCGAGCAGGUUGGGGUCGGACCCGGCCGCUCACGCUCAUCCGGCCCACCACCACUGGAUGCAACGCACAGGAAGUCCCUCCCUCUGGAUGGGACACUCAUACGGUCUGAGUCACGUGGGGAUGAGCCCCGGCUUCCCAGCGGGUCUGCAGCCCGUCAUGGGGUCGCUCACCCAAGACCCCAACUCCCAGCUGGUGGUCCUCCCGACAGAGCCCGGGCCUCAUCAUCACCUCGAUGUUUUGGAGCAGUCAGGUCUGUGGCCCCCUGUGUACGGAGGCAGAGGCCCUCCCUCUCACCUGCAGCACCACCAAGUCUACUCCCGCUCCUCAUUCCUCCGUCAGCAGGAGCUCUACGCCCUGCAGCAUCAGCACCAGCAGCAGCAGAGAGCCAUGGAGCACAUGCAGCGACACUCAAUAGCACAGAGAAAGCACGAGGAGCAUGCUAUCACAAUAGAGGAAUCUCCCCAUGAAUCUUCUGCAUCCAGAACUCCUUCCUCUUCAUCCUCCUCUUCGUCCACUGCCUCCUCUCAUGUGACCAAACCCUUCUCCCACACACCCCCUCCACCCAAGACGCCCACCCCCUCCCCGGGGAUGUGUCCCAGCAGCCGUCAGUCUCCGUGCUACCACUCCCCGUCCCGGCGGUCCCACCCUCCGAACCCCCUGACCCCCGCACCGAGCCCUGCAGCGGCGGCGCCUCGCUCCCCCGCCCUAAGCCCCGCCCCCUCACACCUCUCUAAGGGGCUGGAGAGGGGCAGUGACAGAGGGGAGGGACAGCCACCGCAGGACUACCCACAAUCCCUAGAGCCAGACCUACCACCUGUUUACACCUACCCUCCGAUCACCAUGGGUUACAAGGCCGGACCCUCACCUCCGGAAGCUCGAUUGGCCGAACAAGCCACGGUGGAGGCGGAGCCAGCAGAGCCCGAGUCCAAGCCCCGCCCACAUCCGUUCCACAUCACCGUAGAAGAGGAGAGGGGGGAAGAAGAAGAAGAAGAUAGAGACUGUGAAGUUGUGGAAUCCCGGAGUACAGUUGUGAUCGAGGAGAAGGAAGAGAGCAGGGUGGAAGUGAAAGGAUUCUCCGAGCCCAAGAGCGAGAUUUCUGGAUUGCCGCCAUGCCCUUCCCCGGCUCUGAUCCAAGACUCAGCUUGCCCCGCCACAGCCACGGGCAAAACCCUAAAAGUAGAGCUCUCUCUGGGCUGCCUGGGCCAGAAGGCCGGCCUGGAGGAGCCCCAAAUAUCCAAAGAGCAGGAGGAUGAUAAUAAACAUGGAAUAGAGGACAUGGAGGGAGAAAAACUGGGGCCUGAACCAACAGAAUGUACUGUGUUUGUAGAGGAGAAGGUGGAGGACAAAGAAGGAGAGAAUGUAGAGGUGGUGGAGGAUGAGGAGGAGGAGGAGAAGGAGAUUCCAGGCGAAAACUCAGUGGAAGUAAGGUGUGUUUCUCCUGGUCUUCCCCCCUCCUCUGACCCCUCCUCCCCCCCCACCCCGGGCACAGCAGCCCAGACACAAGGCGCCUACAUGUGGAGCCUGGAGCUCCUGAUCGCUGCCACUCUAUGCGCCUCCAGAGAUGCCUUGUACCCGCCUGCUCUUGCUGUCAGGGCCCCCAGCCCCCCCCCACACCACGGCAUGGAGAUACUGGGAGAACUGGCCGAGCUGGAGAUCCAACAGAGGAGCAGAGAGAAAGACGCUGAGGGUGAGGACAUGCUGACCUUCGACCUCCACAGUCUGGCGUCGCUGGCGGCCGCCCGGGCCCUGGAGGUGGGGGGAGGGGCUGUAAACGUGGGGGCGGACCGGCAGUGUCCAAUCAGGACGAGGCUCGACCUGCGCAGGAAGUGCAGCUGGACGCCUCGCCACGAGCCGGUGUGCCCAGUGAAGGGCUCCAUGGAGACGAUGGGAGGGGAGGAGCUGUCCAUGCGUGUCCAGCUGGCUGAGCUACAGCGCCGCUACAAAGAGAAACAGAGAGAACUGGCCAAGCUACAGAGGAAACACGACCACCAGAAAGAGGAGACGUCUCGUAGUCCUGCCCGCCGGGGGCCCGGUCGCCCCCGCAAGCGAAAGUCGGCCCCCGGCCCAGCUGCUUCGGAGAGCUCCAAAAGACUCAGGUUGGAUUUAUUGGAGGAAAAAGCCAGUAAGAAAAUGUCCAAUCACGUCUUCUCCAGCCACAGCUCUGCACAGAUGAAAGCCCGCUGUAAGCACCGAGGUCGGCCCGGCGCCCUGAGCUCCAGGCUCGCCCGGCGGGUGACCCAGCUGAAGCAGAAGGCCCAGCGUGGUGCAUCGUCUUCAGGCAUGCUACACUGCAGAGGGCCCCCCGGGGAGGAGGACGCCUCCAUGAGUCACUGCAGACAAGGAAUCAAAGACCUGCAGCACGACUGGGCAGCUGGUCAGACUUCGAAGAGGAAGAGGGGUCGAAAACCCAAAGUGAUGAUGGCCGUCAACACCAACAGAGCUCACCACAAGGACGACCGGACCUCCGACAAAAAACAGGAAGUCAGGGAAGAGAAGAGUGACAGCGAGAGCUCAGAGCACGAGGAGGAAGAGGAGGACGGCAGCUACGACAGCGAAGACGGAGCCGGUGACAUCCAGAUUAGCUCAUCCUCUAAAGAAGCUCCUGCAAACCCUGCCGGGAUUCUGCCUUUUUUAUCGCAGUCCUCCAAGCUCCAAGCAAACCAGAGAGCCGGCAGUAAGAGACCAGGGCCCCCCGGCAUGGAGAGCUUCACCAGUGCAGAUCAGAGGAGAGCUCCCAGAAGGCCGAGCCUCUCCUCCUCAGAAAGAGGACAUCCAGACCACCAGGGGACUAAAAGAGCGUCUCUGCCCAGCUGGGGUGCUUCGUCAGUGGGCUGCAGCUUUGGGGACGGCCGGGGGAACCAUGGAGCUCUGACUGAAGCCAAAAGGAGCAGCAAGGAGGCCGCAAGGAGGAACUCAUCGGGAAUUCUGGGAAAGGCUAAGGGCCACGCAGUGAGCCGGCUCCUGCAGAGCUUUGCAGCCGACGAGGGCUUCCGAUUGGAUGAGGAGAGCAGCUUCUCUGAGGGCGAGGAGGAGGAGGAGGAAGAGGAAGAAGAAGAAGAAGGAGAAGAAGAAGAAGAAGAGGAGGAGGAGGAAGAGGAGGAAGAGGAGGAGGACAUACAGUUGAUCCACCUCCCUCCCAACAUGCCUUGCAGAAUACCCGCGCUGCCAAACUGUGUGCUGAGUAAAGAGAUGUUGGUGGACGGCCUGAAGAUCCUCAUCUCCAAGGAGGACGAGCUGCUGUACGCCGCCUGCGUCCAAACUCUGGACCUGCCCGACAUAUUCAGUGUUGUCAUCGAAGGAGAACGAGGGAAUCGCCCGCGGAUCUACUCGCUGGAGCAGCUACUACAGGAAGCUGUGUUGGACGUGAGGCCCCAGAGCGAGACCAUCCUCACUGCAGGGACACGAGUGUGUACGUACUGGAGUGAGCGCUCUCGUUGUCUUUACCCCGGAUACGUCCAUCGAGGAAGUCCAGGUGAGGAGGAGAAGGAGGGCUGCGUGAUGGUGGAGUUUGAUGAUGGAGACAGAGGAAGGAUCUCCCUCACAAACAUCAGGCUCCUGCCACCAGGAUACCAAAUAUGCUGUGUUGAACCCUCUCCAGCUCUUCUGAUCUCACCUGGUUGCCGCGGACGAAGAAGCUCCACCCAGGAGAGGAAAGACACGCCCACAGAGAAACCGGCCAAUGAGGAGACAGCAGGAAGGCCCCAAGAGAAACGACCAGUUGGCAGACCGAAGAAAGUCCACUCUGUGCCAAAGACAUCGAACACGGCGACAUCAGUAACGGAUACCGUAACCAAAGGCAACACUUCCUUGUUGAACUGGUCUGUGCCCAAGAAGCGACCUCCAGUUGACUUCUUCCUCUUCAACGGGACGUCCCGUAAGACCCAGAGGAGGAGAGAGCGAGACCUGGGGAUGUUUCACCGGCCCUCCCACCUCCUCGCUCCCCCUACACCAUUUAAAGGCAUCUUCGGCUCCCCUUUUGCAGGAGACUCCUUCAGCAGCAUCGCCAACAGCUACUCCACCUCCAGGAGCUCUGGAUCGGGGCGACCUGGCUCUUCUGGACCCUCCAUGGGGGUCUCGUCCUCUGCCUGCUCCCCAUCAGUAAACAUGGCUUCUAACAACAGGCAUCCGCCGAGCGAACGCGACAGAAAGCAGUUCCUGGUGAAGCUCGAUCACGAAGGAGUGACCUCGCCCAAAACAAAGAAUGGAAAGGCGCUACAACGACUUGGAGGGAAAGGGGAUAAAAGUCCGGCCUCUGCAGGAGCGCCGCUGCGAUACAUCCACCCUGCCAUGGUGGUGAAAGAUGGGAAGAAGUCAGGAGGAGAGAAAGAUAUCACCGGGGUCCGAUCUGAGGGGAUUUCAAAGGGAUCUCCACCUCUGAGGAAGGAUCUCCUGUCUGCAGGUCUCGGAGUCCAAGAAGGGGAUUUGGACUACCAGAGCGACUGCCCCAGCUCUUACUCUGAGCUCGAUGAGGAAGACGACGAUCAAGGUCAGGAUGCUGAAGCUCCACGGAGAAGUGCAGGGGACGCAUCCCAACGCGGAAGCCGAUUUCUCUCCCGUCUCUCUGCCUGCUUCUCCUCGUCAUCCUCCUCUUCUUCCUCCUCCGGCUCCAUCUCCUCAUCGUCCCUCUGCUCGUCAGAAAACGACUCCUCUUACUCAUCGGAUGAAGAGUCGUCCGCCGUGCUGCUGCGACGCGCCUUACUCCAGCAGGACAAACACAAACACAGACAAAACGUGACCUCUGACCUCCUGAACCCUGACUCCGCCCCCUCCAGCUCCUCACCUUCAGCUCCCUAUAGGGCCAAAGGUAGCAUCUCGGGGUCAAAAGUGAGGAGUGAAGACAGGAAGGAGUUGAUGUCAAAAGGAGGUCUGGUGGCUAACAGUAGCACGGCUAAGGCCCAGCUGAAGAGGAAGGACAGAGGGUCCAGCAGCCACCAUCAGAGGCAGAGCAGCCCAGGGAGCCAGCUGCAGAAAUCUUCCUCCAAGGACCCGGCCAAGCGGCAGCGCAUGUCUUCACCUGAGCCUCUGCCCAGCCUGGCACCUCUUCUGCCUGGACGCCAGCUCUGGAAAUGGUCCGGAAACCCCACACAGAGGAGAGGUCUGAAGGGUAAAGCCCGCAAGCUUUUCUACAAGGCCAUCGUGAGGGGCAAGGAGACGGUGCGUGUCGGGGACUGCGCGGUGUUUCUGUCACCCGGCCGGCCCCAGCUGCCCUACGUGGGCCGGGUGGAGAGCCUCUGGGAGUCCUGGAGCUCCAGCAUGGUGGUCAGGGUCAAGUGGUUCUACCACCCGGAGGAGACCCGCCUGGGGAAGCGACACCGCGAUGGCAAGAAUGCAUUGUAUCAGUCGAGCCACGAGGAUGAGAACGAUGUUCAGACCAUCUCCCAUCGCUGCCAGGUGGUCAGCAGGGUGGAGUACGAUCACCUGACGCGUGACCGUAAGCCCGGCAGCGCGGCCAACGACUUCUUCUACCUGGCGGGGUCCUACGAACCCACCACGGGUCAGCUGAUCAGCGCGGACGGCAUGGCUAUCGUGUCCUAGCACCUCCAGCUAGAGAGAAAUCCAAAAAAAUCGAACCUACAUUCUGGAACCUGCUUCCAGACCGGAGCUAGGGACGGAGGGAAACCAAGACAAAGAGUUCUGACUCUGCUUGUUGAUCUGUCCCUCGAAGAGAAGGAGCUGGCCACACUGGAUAAAGCCUGACAGUACUGGCACUAAGAGGUUUUGUUCUGGGGAAAAGUCUGAUCCGUGACAGGUUCAACCUCUUUAUCAGAUGUGGACCGAGGCUCCUUGUUGUCGGCAGCCUUCCCUGUGGCUGAAAUAACAGAGGAUAUCGUUGACAAGGAAACGAAAGAACCAAGGACAUGAGCACUUUGGAGUUACAGUCGCUUGGAUAUACUACGGCGGGAGUCUAAAGCAAAGACUGACUCGGAGACUUACUGUAAACCACACUGGUUUUGGAGGGUUUUUAAUGGUCUUAUACUGGUAGUUUGACAAUUGGGAGAUCCCCAACAGGACCAAAAAAACACUGUAGUUCGGACUUUGUGUGUGAGAGUGUGAAUGUGUGUUUGCAGAGUGACUGCGAUGACCCUGUUUGGCAUUUAAUGAGCUCUAAGUAAAUAGUGCUUUAGCGGUGAGUGUGUUUGUACUGAAUGUGUGGCACGUGUUCACCCGCGCUCAUCAGGCAGGGAUGACGUCUCGGCAGUUUAUCUGGAACUCUCUGAAUAUGAAUCUGUCCCGUACUAAACGUGCAGUCCUCAGAAAACCGGAAUUUCUUCUCCUGUCAAGCCAUACACGUCAAUACCUCUCUCUCUCAUACCCACCUAUUGCGGGUGCGGAGACACAUGUACAGGUAGUUGGAUUGUUUAUUUGAGAUGUGUGUGUGCAUGGGCGCUUGUGUGUGCGCGCUUUGUACAGCAUCAUGUAUAAUAUGACAUGUUGUAAAUAGUAUACAUAUAUAUUUGUUUUUGUUGUUUUCUUUUGCAGAGAUUAUUUUAUUUACGUUUUUUUUAGGGUGUGUGUGUGGGUGGGAUCGGGGGGGUUUUGACAGAGGGAGGGUUAGUGUCCUUCUCUCUCAAUGCACUGAACAGGAUUGGAGAUUUGGGGUCAAACUGUACAACUGAUGUGAAGACUUUAAAUAUGUAGAAAGGGUGUUUGGGAAAUGUUUUUCUAAGGAAAUCAGAAAAAGGCUCUUUUUGUCUAAAUUCAUUUUUCUCUCCUUAUUUCACUCCAUUGGGUUUUAAAAUGUGCUUUUCUUUUAAUACAAAUACUGGAAAAAGGAACCGAGUUUCUGCUGUCCUCUGAUCCUAUAAGAAUCUCCUUUAUCUAUUUUAGCCUGUAUUCCUAUAUCAAAUGUAGAUAUUUAUCUGGCAUCAAAAAAAAGAAACAUACCAAAGCACCUGUGAGUUUCAUCGCAUUAAAAACAAUUUAUAUGAAAAAAGACAUUUAAAAAAAAAGAAAAACCGAUCAAUCAAAUCUGAAUCCGGGACCCGCUGCAAUCACGGAGGUUUUUGCUCGUGCUCAUCCGGCGUUGCUAUGACAGCCUCCGAGAAACGUUGCAGCAACAUUGUCUGCACGCUGCCCGGGCUGAUGCACUUGAGGUCACCAUGGCAACCGUAAUGGCGUCACGUGACUGUGAAGGACAAUCAGAGCCAAUCAAUGGGGCGAUGUUGAUAAGAGACAAAACAAGAUAAGGAUCAAAUCACAAAAUUACGCUUCUUGUCACUUUUAUUCCUGCUUUGCCAAAAAAUGUCUGUGUAUGUGUGUUUUUUUAUGUUUUCCUCCAUCGUACCGUUUAUGCAAUUCUGUGACGACUGUUGGUUGUCGGUGUAUAGGAUGUACAGGAGGGGGGGGGGGGAAUCAU